AAAUCAUAGCAUAUAAAUUCUGUUUCCCAGAUUGUGCUGGACGUGCAUGACUUUCUGGAAGGAGAUGUGAGAGUGAAGGUGUUGGACGAGGAGGAGCUGUUGGUGGAAGGACACGUGGAGAGGAAGGAGGAAGGAAGCCUGUCCGUCUCGUCACACUCCUUCAGACGCUACUUCUCUUUGCCUCGACACACAGACAUGGCAGCGAUCACGUCUGUCAUGUCUACAGAUGGAAUCCUCACAAUCACUGCGCCAAAAAUGAAAACGGAAACUACAAAGGAAAAUAUCAUCACUCAGACUUCCACUUUGAAUAACUGUGAGAAAGUCAGCCAAACUCGAACACAAAUGGCAUCAAACGACGAAUCGGAAACUACACAGUCAAGUCUUAGCACAGACUCAGAACGCUCGUCUUCUGCACGAAAAGAAACUUGUUCAUGCCAUUUUGGGACCAAAGGAACAGCUGAUUCCUCUAGACUUCACCGCGGUUCGAGGGACAUUCUCUUGCCCAUCACUCGAAGGGGAGACUUCUUCCAGGACUCAUUCUUCUCCGGUAUACACCGCAAUUUCGACGCCUCCAUCAGGAAGGUCCUCAACGGCUGGAAUGACGCCGACCUCCAGCUGGCGGACUUCUGGGACGAGGACGACUUCCACCGCAGCGACAGACUGGGCCGCUACAGACAGCUGCGAUCGCGGAACCUGUGGAGUGACAACCAGGCCGUUACAGUCACUUCGGAUAAUAUUAGUUACAAGAUCGUGUUGGACAUGCAUGACUUUGUGGAUGGAGAUGUGAAGGUGAAGCUGAUGGGCGAAGGAGCUGCUGGUGGAGGCCCUUUCGGCCGGGUCCUCGCGCACCUUCAGACGCAGUUUUUCCUUGCCUGAGUCCACUGACAUGACAUCCAUCACGCCUGUCAUGUCGUCAGAUGGCAUCCUCACAAUCACUGUGACCAAGAAGGAGACUGAAACACAACAGAAGACGACUGUCAUCCCCAUUAGCGUCAAGGAAACGCACAAUGCAGAAGUUCACAGCUCAACUUCCUCGACGACCUCGGGAGUUUCUGAGGAAGCGGCGUCUGGCCAGAACGUCCC